AUGAGCAAAUCUCUAGAAGACAGUGAGCAUCUAGAGGUCUCUCCAGCAUGCCAUCCAUUAGCCGUUGGAAAUCCAGGUGACGCACGACCAUCCCCCGAACAGAUCUCGAUUGUUGUCUCCAUCCUGAUAGAAGCUGGCAUCUGCUGUUGUUUUGUUGAAGAGUAUGCUCUUAUUUACUUUGGUGCUUCGCGUUUGCCCAAUGCUAUUGGAAGGACCGAUUUCUGGCUGCUGUUGCCGGCAAGCUACUGUCAUAUUGCCUGCGUUCCUGAAAACCUAGAAUGGAGCAAAGGCAAUCUUCCCUACCCUAAGCUCCAAGUGUACGUACAGAGCUUGAUUGACACCAAAAACUUGGGUGAUCUAGAGGAUCUUGUUGAUGGAAUGGAUCUCCCGGAGGAAUGGGGGGAACAAAACCUCAGUCUUGAAGGCCAUGCUGAUAGCAACUGGUCCACAAAGUGCAUUGAGGCUCUUCGCGCAGAUGGCACUGAAGAAUUAUUUAUCUUCGUUGACCCCAGGCCUACCCCUCAGAGAGAGAUCUGGCAAAACUGUGUUCGGAACAAGCAGAGGCGUAUGGGUUGGAAGUAUUCUCCAGAUAUAUAUGCAACCAGGUUUCGACGCCAUGGGUCGAAGGAUCCCCGUGUGCAUUAUCGAUACGGGAUGUAA